GUCAUCGAUAAUGCCUCACACUAAUAUUGUGUUAUUUUGAAUUGCAGUCGUCAUCCAUGUACAAAAGAAGUUUACGAGGCUCGUUGAGUCAGUCAUCCUAUACAGAACCAGUAAUAAACCUAAGAAGUCCAGACAAACUCCAUGAUCGAACUCACUCGAAGGUAAACCAGUUGAUCUUCCUGCAAUGAUAAAUAAUAUUCUGGUUAAAUAAUAAUAAUAUUCCUUACAUCAGAAUCAGAUCGCGUCUCAAUCUGCAAAAGAACAGAGUAAAGAGGUCCGGCUUUUCAAUCGACUCUUGGUAUGGUAAACUUCGGAGUUCUGGAAUUGCAUAGGCAGUUUCCCUCUAUACAUGUUCCAGGAUAUUCGAGUCACUUCAUUCAUCCUAAGAAAAAAAAUAUUUAUAAUCCUUUGAUGCCUGGACAUCCUAAAUACGUUCACUAGAAAUGACUAACAAAAUAAAACUUGACCUGUCAAUUUUAGCGUACAGGCAAAGCAAGAACAUGAAUGAUCGUGUUUUGGUUUUUCUGGACAUAUUUACUUCCCAUUCGAAUACAUGGGCAUCACAAGCUGUGCAGUGGCCCUAUUCUACAUAGCUGAUACUUCAAAGUUUUUUGCUUGUGUUAUUAGGAUCAGUUACUUCGAGUCGUAUGAUCUUUUCUGCGUCAUUACGUCUUUAAGCACGAUAAUAAUUCUUUUAUAAAUAGCCUGAUUUUUCCGAAACUGAAUCAACGAUAUUUUCGAUUCCGAAACCCAUGAACUUUGUCGCAUAUGCGACAUUUCGUAUUCAAUAGUGACAGGAAAACAGAAUUUCGCAUUAUGUUUCGUAGGCUUUGGAUUAGUUGUAAGCUCCAUAAAGAGACAAAAGCGGCAGCUUACUUUUCGGCGGAGUUAACCGCUACUACAGCCAAAUUUCAGUUGGCGAAUAUGUUACUCAAAACAAAUGUAAACCACAAUCGUUUAAAGGUUAAUUCUUGUCUGACGGACAUCCAACUCAGCUUUUAGUGAAGUUAAAUGAUACAUAUGCAUACAAAAGCUUGGUCUACCAAGAAACGUUUACUUUUUUAAGCUUAUGAUGGCAGUAACAUGGUUAUGGGAAAAAUACGAUAAGGUAAGUAAGUUGCACAUCAGUAAUCAAGAUCUGUUACGAGGAACUUAAAUCCUACUUCAUUAACUUGUAUGUCACUGCCUUACGUUUUAUCAAAAAUUGAAUGCGUUUUAAUUUUGAGUUUGCUUAUUAUCGUCCUUAGUUCACUUUCAUGUUCUUGCCUUUACUUGCGAAUAAAGAUUUGAACCGUUUUAAAGCACAAAAUUUCAAACUAAUGCAUUAUUAGACAAGCCUCAAAGCUUCGUUGUUUGCCUUCAUCUGCACAAAAAGAAUACGAGUUGUCUUUAUAAAACAAGUAGCUGCUAAAAUCACCAUCUCUACUUUAAACACAAGGAUUAGGGGUUUAACUUGUUAUCGCCAGUGAAAAAUAAGUCUUCCUUCAUGGUGCGUGAAAAAGUGUAACAGUGAAAGUUUUCAUCAUUUUUUUAUCAUAAGACUCAAUUCUCAAGUUUUUGCUACCCAUGUUCAGAAAAUUCGUGUGUAAACUCACAGUUAUGUCACUAACUUUACUUUUCAUUAAAACGUGAUUUAUACAGAAUAUUUAGAUAUAUUUUGUUUUCUUAUUUUUGAGACAUAUCUGUGAACUGUAUUCUUUUUGGCAAUCAUAUAGAAGCAUAAUCGUUAUCACAAAAGUAGAAGCGCCUCAAACCAUGAUUCUUCACUUAGUGUUGUUAGUGACAAAAGAGCUCGUGAUUCAAAAUUGGAGCUAGUCGAAGACUUUGAAGAUGAUGAGACGAAUAAGUUUCACUUAAAAAGUACUCACACUUGUGAAAAUCCAACAGUUAGUAAAACGCCUGCUCAAAAUAACCGUUUGUUAUCUCAUGAUCGAGAAACCUUUGGAUACGAGCCGUUCAAUAUGUCCAACUCGACUCCUAAUUUGGACCAUCUCUACUCACACGUACCUCGACAUCAGACAAAUCAAACUUUAAUUACUGAACCUGAAGAAUAUGACCAAUAUAUAUCCGACGAUUCACAGAUACAGCAGUUGUUUCCUGAUACAGUCCAAUCCAUGCCAUGUUCGCCUAGAGUCAAUGAACUCCUUGAGGAUCAAUGUGUCAUCGACCCCAGCUUUACUAAUUCUGAACAUUUUGGACACAUUUACCAACCAAAUACAAAUCUCAACAUAUAUGAGUUCUACGAAUGUCAGCUAAAUAAACAGCUAACAAAGUUGAGUAUGCUUCACGCUCAACAAUUAAAUAUUCAGGUUUUGUUAGAGCGUGAAUGGCUGAAAUUGCACAAGUUGAAUUGUUUGAAAAUGGCUAAGUAUGGAUAUAACGAUAUUAAAAAAUCCGAAAACUAUGACCAAUCUCAAUAUUCAUUUAUUGAAAAUAUAAAUAAUCCAAGACAUGUACAUUCAACAAGUAGCACUAAUACAAUGCCAGUUCAUUCACCUGAAAUGCGUAAUAUGAAUUCAUUUAAGCAUCAUAAUGAUUUACUUUAUUUAAGUAAAAAUUUCAAAUCUGCUGAAUGUGGACUAAAUAAUUUAGAUGGUGGUGAUAACCAAGUAUUUAAUAUUGAUACCUAUAAUGAUAAUGUUUUAGCAAGAAUGCAAGAACGAAGUCGUAAUAGUGCAGAUGAAGGAACAUUCAACUUGAAUUCAAAUUACCGCAUGAUUUCACCAAAUUAUACAAUAAAAGAUAGAAAACCUGUACAUAAUUUAAAUUCAACUAUACUUUAUAAUAGAGAUCAUCUCUACUCACAAGAACUACUGAAUCGUUUAAUUCAAAAUUCACAGUCAAACGGUUACACAAAUUAUACGCCAGUUUUUAACAAACCAUCACAUAAAUUAUCAACCAAAAAUAAUUAUCAUUUUUCGGAAUUAAAUAAUCAACAAAUUAUCAAAAAACCAAGUGUACCAAAAAGUGGUUCACCAUCGAAAGGAAGUUAUUUAACUUCUUCCGAAAUUGAAAUUCACUUACCAAGAGAAUAUCAAUCUUUUCAAUCAAAUCAACUUUCAAAGAAUUCAUUUCAACCUGGUAUAAACAAUCAAAAUUUGACAAAAACAUUUUCGGAGAACCAAAAUUUGAAACAAUCUAAAUUGAAUAAAUGUUCAGGUUCUGAUCGAUUAUCUUCAAAGAAAUAUUUAAAAUCUGAUUGUAAAAAGAAACUUUUAUUAAAUCGAGAUGAUUCAAAACUACCAAUAAAUAGAUCUAAAAGUCCACCACAAAUGUUUAUAUUACGUAAAAGUGCAUCACAACCUUGUAUUUACAAAGAUGAUAUAAAUAAGGAAGAAACUAACAGAUCGAGUCCCCCUCAAAAAUAUCCUCUUAUCAAACAAAGUAGUGAAUUGAAUGCAAACAAAUCAUCAACUGAAUCAAUUGAUAGAGAAAUUUUGGAUAUUGAUUAUAAAGCUUCAACAUCGUUAUGGUAUGAUCACAAUGAUAAUAAUAAUAACGUGAAGAAAAAUACUUUUAAUGGUGUUGUUAAUCAUGGUAAUGAUCAACACUGUUUACAAGAUACUUGUCAAUUAUUACCAUCAUAUCCUCGUAUAAUAAAACAAGUUUCUAAAUUGCCUAAACACAUUGAAGUGGAUAAAGAAAAAGAUUAUGAAUAUAGUUCAAAUUCAACAAGUCAGUCAAGUACUUCAAAUAUCACAAAUAAUCAUAUAAAAACCAAACAUAAAUCUAUGACAAAUUAUCAAUAUAAUGAUAAUAAAUUAAAAGUUAUUCAUGCAACUGAUAAUACAAAUAGUGUGAAGAAGCCGAUAUAUGAACAAAAUGAAACUAGUUAUAAUAACGUACAUAUAUCAAGGGAAUGUAAACAAAAUAAUAUUAUUGAUCGCAAUGAUUCCUCCACCUUAUCAAACUCUUUGUCUACGCUAAAAUUGUCGAAUGGAACUGCAAAUCAACAAAACCGAAUCAUAAGUAGCAACUGCACUACUGCUAUGAUAAAGACUAAUAAUAAUAGUAAUAAUAAUGGUGAUUUGAAUAAAUUUGUAAAGCGUACAUCCGAUGAUCAGUUGAAUAAUUAUGAGUUAGAUUUAACAAAUGACUCUGGUAUAUCAUCUGUGAAUAAAGAUUCGAUAAUACCAAGUGGUGUAAUCUGUUUACAUAAAGAAAUUAAUCAUAUGGUAUUUGGUCCUUCUCGUAAUCCACUCAAUAAUGCUGUGUUGAAUUUCACAAUUAGUGAACGAAUAAAUACACCAACAUGGUUAGCUUUAUGCACGGAUGAAAUGAAAGUUUAUGUCUAUGAUUUAUGGACCCAUAGUUGUUUAACAGAAUUUAUGAAUCAUGCUAUUUCAUCAACGAGUCCUGUAAUACAUCUGUUCUCAUUGAAUCCACUAGAAUAUUCUGAUAAUUCAAAAGCACAUGUUGGAUUUCUAUGUGUUGUUCAAAAGAAUGGAAUUUUAACACUAUAUAACAUAGCUACUCGAAAUAUGAUUUCAAGAACAAUAUUGGAAUGUGAAGUAUAUUGUGCUAGUUUAAUUCCAUGUCAAGGUAAACUAGAUCAAUAUUUACCUCAAUCUAUAUUCAGUAUUGAUACAUAUGGUUCAUUAACUAUUUCUCAAUGGAAAAUUAUAACAAAUAAUAAAGAUACAGUUCUCAAUGAACCUACAUUAUGCGAUGAAACAUUAGAAAUUGGAACAAACAUUUUUAAAGAGAUAUCACGUAAAGGAAAACAUGGAGAUUUUAAAUAUUGUACAUAUAUUCACGACAACUUUCGUUCACAACCCAAUGGUGAAUUAAAAUUAAAUAAAACAAACUCAAAUAUUGAUAAUUCACAAAUGUAUUCAUUCAAUGAUAUAAAUCCAUGUGAAUUUAGUUUUAUUACUGCAGCUUAUGAAUGUACAAGAAGAAAAAUUCUACGUUUAACAAAUUGGAUUUGUAAAAGUAAAGGUUUACGUAAUACUGUAUCAUAUAAUAAAAUUUUAUCAAAUGAUCCUAAUUCUAAUUUAAUUGAUAUGACAGUUAUUGAAAGUGGAUGUUCUGGUAGUUUAUGUAUGUGUUUUACAAAUGAAAUAUUUUGGCUUAGUUUACAUACAUUUGAUAUAUUAUCCAAAUUUAAAUUACCUACAUUUAUGCAACCAAUUAAUUGUUUAUCAAAAUCAUGGCCACAACCAGCUGAUUUAAAUCAAUCUCAGCAUAGACGUACAUGGAUAUCUGUAAAUAGAAAUCGUUUAUUAGAAAUUUCUCCAUUCGAAAGUCAACGUCGAUUAGAUACAAAAGGUAGAAGUUGUCUAUUAGUUUGCUCUGUACUAUCAACUGAUUCACAGAUUACAACUGUUUCAUCGGGUUUAGGUAUUACACCCAUUAUUGCAACAGCGUUAGAAAAUGGUGAAAUUCAUCUAACAAAUAUCCCUGAAUCUUGUUUUAGUUGUAUGGUUGAAUUUUGUUCUCUUGGUUUUAUCAAUAAAAAUGAAUUAGUGAAUCAUGUUGUACAAGAUCAUUAUUUAGGCGAAUCAACCGAUGAAUUUCGAUGUAAUUGGGCUUCAUGUGAUCUAUAUCUUCCGUUGAAUUGUUCACAAUUUAAUAAAGAGAUAUUAGAAGAUCAUGCUCAUCAACAUGUAUAUUCAUAAGAAAAAUCUAAUUUUUCUUUAUUUAACUAUCAUUUUAGUAAAAAUUUAAUAAAUGUAUUGUUUAUUGUUUAUUAUUAUUAAUUUAUUAUUCACUUCCUGUUUGUUUAUUUGUUUACAAAAAUAAUACAUAACAUUUAAACAAAUCUAAUUUAAAACUACCUAAGAUUUCGUCCGCAUUUUCAUCAUAUAUUUAUGCAUAUAUAUAUAUAUAUAUACAUUUGUUUGAAUGAAUUGAAAGCAUUCUAAACAAAUUUUUAUUUGCUGAAAGAUCAAUAUUCUAUUGUUUAUUGUUCUAUGCUUCUCUUUCAACAGUAAUUUGUUUUUCUUACAGUAUCAACCAAUUAACACAUUAUCAUAUUGUUUUAAUAAGGAUAAUAAGAAAUUGUGUUACCUACAUAGAUAUUAAUCACUUGGUAAAUGUAAUAAGGAAUCAACUACAUAACUUUGUUUACUUUUUAAAGAACUUAUUGUUGUUGUUGUUGUUGAUAAAUUCCUGUUUAUCAAAAAAAAAAGAAGAAUAUUUGAGUGAACAAUUGUUUUCAAUAGCUUCAUCAUCAGGCUCUACUGUUAUAAGUUCAUAAUUAUAAUAUUUUAUGAAGGCCAAAAUAAGGCAAUGCAUUAAUGAGUUUGACAUUGUUAUGUGUUAAAAAUAGUGAAUGUUUGCAUCUGUUACGAUUGUUUAUUAGUUAACAAUCCCAAUAUGAGUAUUUAAAUAAAAAAGAAAUUUAUCACUAACUAUUAAAUUCUGCAUUAUUUCUACCCAUUUACAAGGUGUCAUAUUUUUUUAUAUAAUUACUAGAAGAUAUGUUGAAUGUUUUAAUGAAAUCAUUUUAAUAUGAAUAAUACUUGGUUUGUAAGCAGUCAACAAGGGUUCCUAAGUUUUCGUUUGUUUGUUUGUUUUCUAAUGUUGAUCAUUGGAAUUGUAGAUGAGCGUUAAUAACUGAUCAAUUGAAAUCAUACAACCAUUUUUUUUACUAAUAUCUUCUCGAAAACUUGAACCCAACACUGAUUAUUUCAAAUGUUUUAAUGUAGAAACACUCAAUUACCAAAAUCAUGAAGGUUUUUUUUUGUUUGUUUCAUUUUGUUAUUUCUCUAUCACUAACGUAACUGUGUUAUUUGAUCUCUUUUAUCUUCAAUAAACUUUAUCUUUGCCGACUGAAUUCAUUGAAAUACACAAGCCAUGAAAAAAAUUACACUUCAGAUACGGCUUGAAAAGAAUCACGAUUAAUAAAUGCUUAUUGUAUAUUUGUAUUAUGGUUUUUUUAUUUCUCCCCACCCCAUAGUUCAAAGACGCCGUGACUUCAGAAGAAGCAUCAUUAUUUAAGAUAUUAUGGAUAUCUGAUAAUUAAGGCGUGUAAUAUCAUUGCCACCCACAAAUGUUCAGUUAAUCAUUAAGCCGACACUUUAUUAAACAAUAAUGAGUAGAUACGUUAUGCCAUCGAGUCAAGUGAAAUGCUUCCUAAAAAACAUAGGUAUUUUCUAAUUAUGUCAGUUAAAAACGAGAUGCUGGAUAGGGAAUUCACAAAUUCAGAAAAGAAAAUAAUAAAUUUAGCACGAAAUAACGUGACGUACUGAUUGAUUAUCUCCCAUUAAUAUAUGCACUAGUAAUAGCUCAAACGAUGAAUAAAUGGAUUUCAUAUUUUCAGUUUACCUACUAGAAGUUAAUUUAAUAAAAAAAGGAAUAGAAUUUCAAUCUUGACCAUAUCCACUUUUGAUCUAACAGUAGUAUUACUCAGUAUUUUGGAAAUGUCUUAAUUAGCUUACUAUAAAACAAGUUAAUUCAAACACUUUGACAGUAUGUGAUAUGUCAGCUAUUCUUCCAGGUCUUAUAUGCAAACAAGUUUGUUGUAAUGUGGUUACUUCUCAAAAGUGUUAGUUAGCAGAGCUCAUAUUCAUUGAUUGAAUAAUUCUUAUAUCUAGACUUUGUUGUACAUGGACUAGUCAGUAUGACAUACUCAAAUCUUUAGUGGAAUAUUGCUACCCGUAGGAUUCAAAUCUGUAUCACUCAGUUUUACCAUAACCAAACUAUUUUGACAGGAAUAAACAUUUUGUAUCUUCACGUCCUAACAUAAACACCAAGUUUAAGGCUUCCUCCUGAUUACCUACAAUAGCUAGACACAAACCACAGUGUACUGCAAAAUCCAGUUAAUUAAACUAAGGAAUAUAUUGUAACUGAAUCGAUAGAUUAUAACUGAGAACAAUGGUUAUGACUCACUGAAUAGUAGACGCAACAAAGCUUAUGUUAAGCUAAAGUUUUAGGUAUUGAAAAGAAUAGUGAACAGCAGCAAAUGCCAAAUAAUGGAGAUAUUCUGUCUCCAAAUUUAUGUUAC